UCUUCUUCCUCUUCCUCUUCUUCUUCCUCUGGUUAUCUUUCUUUCUCUAUUUCUCUCACUCACUUUCUUUGUCUAAUCAUUCGCUUUCUUCUUAGAUUCCUUCGAUCUCUCUCCAAUCUGAGAGAAUCGAGUGCAUCUUCUUAUUCUCAUUCCUCAUCACGAGUACGAUUUCUCGGACUCUUCCUCUGAUUUUCUCUGCCCCUGAAAAUUCCUCGAUCUAGAUUCAUCAUCUCUUCGUGUUUCUUCCCACCAAGCUCCGUCAAAUGUUUUCCCCGGAGACUUUCUCCUCCGAUUCCGAGUGAGUGAAAGAUGAACAGAUUUCGAUUCGGCGACCUCAGUUCCCGAGAUCGAGUAGCUUCAUCAGUGCCCCAUUCUCGUCAAGGAAAGAAACAGAGUCAGAAACUCAAGUCUCCAAGGUCAUCUUCUGAAUUUAGUUCUUGCCAUUGUGAAGCUCUAAGGGAAAACAAGCUGCAGCAAGAUUUUGCUCAUCAAAGCACUGAAUUACCGAUGAAAAGUUUGUUGGCACAAGAAAUGUCGAAGCAAAAAGAAUCUAAAAGGAGAUCACCAAGCAUUAUAGCCAGAUUGAUGGGUCUCGAUGUCUUGCCACCUCAGAGUUCUCCCCAUAGACAACACAAGCCUGUGGAGAAUCAGCAAGGCAGGAGUGGUGGAGGCAGUUCUUAUGAUGGCUAUAAAUCUCUUCAAAGGAGCUCAAAGGGUGAGCAAAAGUUUAAAGACGUUUUCGAAGUUUUGGAUGCAAAGAUGGCAGAGAGCAACAGAAGCUUAUGCCUUCAGGGAAGGGUGAAUGCUGCUAAUCUCACCCAGGCUGAGAUGGCUUUUAUACGGCAGAAGUUCAUGGAGGCUAAGCGGUUAUCGACGGAUGAGAAACUUCGUCAUUCUAAAGAGUUUAAUGAUGCGCUUGAGGCUCUAGACUCUAACAAGGACCUCUUGUUGAAGUUUCUUCAGCAUCCAGAUUCAUUAUUCACAAAACAUUUGCAUGAUCUUCAAAGCACACCUCACAAGCCACACUCCGGUCAAGCGCCAUCUCUCAAGUAUCCAAACAGCCAGAGGCAUGUGGAUAUUCUGAAAACUCAGAGAGUGGAGAGGGACUCGUUACGAAAGAGUCAUAGGUCGCCGCAUCAGCAUGGUGGUGGUGGUGCUUGUUCUAGCCGUUCUCAUAGUAGGCAUGUUUCUUAUGACACACUUGACUUACCAAAUGAGGAACUGGCAAAGAGAAGUGAGUUGCAGCCAACCAAGAUUGUUGUUCUGAAACCUAACCUUGGUGAGCCACGUUAUGCUGGUAGAACUUUUGCAUCGCCAAGCUCUUCUUCCGAUGAGUUCAGAGCAGAUCGUAGGCUUCCAUGCACCAGCAAUCACGGCAGGAAAAAAAGUAAUGAAGAUGUCCGCCUUUCAAGACAGAGUUCAAGAGAUUCUGGAGAAAUGUCCAAAAUAAUGUCUAGGCAAAGGAAGACGAGUUUUGAGACUUCAGGAUUCAGAGGAUAUGCAGGGGAUGAAAGCUCAUCAGGGAGUGAUUCUGCAAGUGAAUCAGAGCUAGUGCCAGUAACUUCAAGAACAAGAACCGCCUUUAACCGUAAGAACUACCAUCGAUCUUUACCUUCCAAGUCAGCAACAUCAUCUGUGAGUAGGGAAGCCAAGAGGAGACUGUCAGAGAGAUGGAGGCUGACACACAAGUAUGAGCAAGAGAUAGAAAUUAGUAGAAGCGGCACAUUAGCUGAAAUGCUUGCAACUUCAGAUAGGGAGGCAAGACCAGCAAGUUUUAAUGGACUCGUUUUCGAAGAAGGGAUUCGUAAACGAUGUGAGAGCAAUGUUCAGUGGUCUGAAUUGCCAGAACCGGUAGGAAUCAGCAGUAAAGAUGGUUGGAAAGGAUCCUGCUCAAGAAAUUAUUCAAAAUCCAAAACCAUCAUGAACCAAGAAAGCACCUAUGGUUACACUAUAGUGCUUCCUAAGGAGUUGAUCAAUCGAGAUGGAUUGGUCAAGGGAAAUUCUUCUCAUCACGGGGAGUCCCAGUCUUUCUUGUCAAGCAAAUCUAGACCUGGUAGCAAUAAAUCUCAUUCAUCAUACAAUAGUUCGCCAGAGGUCAACAACAUCAGCCCAAGUUUAACCAAAUUCCUUUAUAUGAACGACGGGAGUCAAAAAGAGAAGCACUCUCCUUCUGAAAAAGAAGCACGUUGCAGUUUCUCAGUAGAUGCAAAUUCGGACACUGAGGAUAGUUCAGCUUCUGAUGAUAUCAAGACGGCAAUGUCUUCUGAAGCUCCAGAUUUGUCAACUGUCACCACGUUAACUGACCCCGAUAUCUCAAGGAUGUCAACUGAGGAUGUAAAUCAUUCUUCGGUUCCUGAACCACAGUCUCGUGAAAGCUCAAAGGAAGGAGAUCAACCAAGUCCGGUCUCAGUUCUAGAAGCUUCUUUCGAUGAUGAUGUUUCAUCGAAUUCUGAAUGCUUUGAGAGUGUUGUCGCCGAUAUCCAAGGACUCAGGAUGCAACUUCAGCUCCUCAAACUAGAGUCAGCUGCUUACAAUGAGGGUGGCAUGCUUGUUUCAAGUGAUGAAGACACAGAUCAGGAGUCAUCAACAAUAACUGAUGAGACUGUGAUCAGCCAGGAGGUCAUAGAAGAAGACUGGAAGUCCCUAUACUUAGUUGAUCUCCUAGCCAACUCCAGGUUAAGUGACGCAGACCAAAAGAAUGCCAUGGAAACACCUGUAGAUCCAUCCUUGUUUGAGGAUCUGGAGAAGAAGUACUCCAGCGUGAAAGCUUCGACUCGGUUAGAAAGGAAGUUUCUUUUUGAUCAGAUCAGCAGAGAGCUUAUCCAGAUAUUAAAGCAGUUUUCGGAUCCACACCCUUGGGUUAAACGCAAAAGGGCCUGCCCGAAAUGGGAUACAAACAGGAUACAAGAGACUCUGCGUGAUUUGGUCACAAGAAAAGAAGAGAAACCAAGCAAAGAUGAUGUGGAGGAGAAGGGGUUGCAGUGGCUGAGUUUGGAAGAUGACAUUGAAAUCAUAGGUAGAGAUAUUGAGGAAAUGCUGACAGAUGAACUCAUAGCAGAGCUUGUAGUAGAUGCAAUCUUCUAGAAAGUUACAUAAUGUAUUAUUACAUACUUUGAAGUAAAAAGAAAAAAAAAAACAGGAAAAUGCAAUAUGUAAUGACAGUUUCAUCAUAUGAGGUGAUGAAUAAAGAAGCAUGUGUCCCUGAAAAAAAGCA